AUGUUGGUGGAGAUUGUGUUGUUGUUUGUGUUGGUGUUGGUGUACGCGGUGCUGAGGGACAGGCGCCCCCGCAACUGCCCCCCUGUCUCUGACUGCACAACGGGCUUCCAUUUACUUCCACCAGGUGUUGUUAGCAGCAACGGUGUGCACUGGCAGCACGACCGCCGUUUUGUGCUACGCAACCUACGCAACCUUGGAAUGGGUAAAGAUCACCUAGAGGAAGCAAUUAAUAUCGAAGGCAAAGCGUUGGUGGAAGACCUCAAGAAGUACGGCGGUGAAGCCAUCAACUUCCCCGACAGCUUCAAGACUGUGGCGCUCAACAUCAUCUGGCAGAUGGUUGCCAGUACUCGGUACGAUCUUCGCUCCAAAGAAGUUGAAACGAUUCAUCGCAUGACCAAUGAACUUCGUGAAAAAUUUACGCCGUUGUCGGUAUUACCCUCGUUCGUUCCGGCAUUAGAUCACCUGCCUAAAUCCGUCAAGAAUUUUCUGUUUGGCGAUGAUAUUUUUGAACGCUUUGUGGAAGAAAUGAAGGUUGUCGUGAACGAAGCCGUAGACAAGCACCUGGAGGACUAUGACUCCGACAACCCCCGGGACCUCAUAGACGAGUACAUCAAAGACAUGAAGGCAAGCGAAGGCGACAACAAUUCUCUUUACAGGAAGGGAGCUUUGAACCAAAUCGUCAACGACCUCUUCGGUGCGGGCUCAGACACAGUGAGCCACAUGUUGAGGUGGAUGGCCUACCUGCUCGCCCGGUAUCCAGAGUACGCAACGAGGAUGCAGCAGCAAAUAGACGCCGUCGUGCCCAGGGACCGUAUGGUGUCGCUCGACGACAAACCGAGCCUGCCAUUGGUAGAAGCAUUCACCGUUGAAGCUUUGCGGUACUCGUCCAUGGUGGUGUACAACGUUCAGAGGUCAGCUCAUCGAGAUACAACCAUCAACGGCUACUUCAUCCCCAAGGGCACUAUGAUUCAGGUCGGCAACUAUUCUAUUCACCGCAACCCGCGGUACUGGGACGACCCCCACAAGUUCUACCCUGAACGAUUCCUGGACGACAGCGCCACCAAGUACACUGCUCCUAACAUCGGCUUCUUCGCCUUCGGUUCAGGUCGACGUCAGUGCGCUGGGGAGCUGCUGGCCCGCAUGGAGUUGUUCCUCUUCACUGCCGCCAUCAUCCAGAACUUCGACGUCAUUCCUCCAAAAGGCGUGGUCCUCAGCCAAAAAGACAUAGUGAAUUUGGGAGGUCUUCGCACGCCGGCAGACAAAAAGCUAAUCUACAGACCAAGAAACUAACAUUUACACAAACCUCUGCCCAAACCCACAUUGUAGGGCACAGA